GAUUGGACACUUUCAAACACAGAACCGCGACUGUUUAUUGUGAUUUAGCUCGACGCCAGUUAGCAUGUCAAUUUAAAAGGAAGAAAACGUGUUAUUUUUGAUUGUGUGUAAAUGCUCUGAAUGUAAAGCUGCUAUAAAAAUGACUGACUCCUGCCUGAACCAGACUGACCUACGAAGACUCGCUGAAGAUGGGAAAAGUAAACUCUCAGCAGAGUUCAUCCCCUCACCAGAUUUACCGCAUUCCUGCGUGGAGGAUAAAGAGCACCUGCAGGUUUACCUCAGAAUCCGACCCUUUACCUCAUCAGAAAGAAGCAACGGAGAGUCACAGGACUGUGUUGCCAUAGAAACCCCAGAUACGGUUCUCCUGAAGCCUCCCAGUUUGUCCCUUUUGGCCCGGCUCAGCAGUGAUAAAUCCCUUCCUCAGACCGGCCAGCGCUUCCAGUUCUCCAGGGUUUACGGCCCAGAAACGACACAAAGUGAGCUGUUUGAAGGCACCGUCAAAGAUCUGGUCAAAGAUGUCCUGGAAGGAGAAAACUCUCUGGUUUUCACCUACGGAGUCACCAACUCCGGGAAGACCUUCACGUUCCUCGGUCCCGACUCUGAAGCUGAAGCUGGAAUCCUGCCCCGGGCGCUGCGGCUCAUCUUCAGCAGCAUCGGUGACAACAUGUUCCAGGGCCUGAACGUCAAGCCGCACCGCUGCAGGGAGUUCCUGGCUCUGAGCCGCCAGCAGCAGGCCGACGAGGCGCAGUUCAAGAACAGCCUGCUCAAACAACUCAGAGAGAAUGAGAAGAGCAGCAGCAGCCUGCAGAACUCGACCAACCAGACCUGGUUUGAAGGCUCCACGGCGCCGCGGCCCAGUACUGCAGCCCAAGACAGAAUCAUCCUGGACGUCAAACCCAACACCAAGUUCUCCGUCUGGGUCUCCUUCUGUGAGAUCUACAACGAGAACAUCCACGACCUCCUGGAGGUGGCGCCGAGCGGGGCGCUGCGCAGGCCGGCGCUGCGGCUGGCACAGGAUGGCAACAGCAACGCCUACGUCAAAGAUCUGCGCUGGGUCCAGGUGAGCAGCGCUGAGGAGGCGUUUAGAGUGGUGAAGCUGGGCCGGAGGAACCAGAGCUUCUCCUCCACCCGCCUCAACCAGCUCUCCAGCAGGAGUCACAGCAUCUUCUCCAUCCGGAUUCUGAGUGUAGAGGACGGCGACCCGCCCAGAGUCCACACCAUCAGCGAGUUGUGUCUGUGUGACCUGGCCGGCUCUGAGCGAUGCGCCAAGACUCAGAACAAAGGAGAGCGCCUGAAGGAGGCAGGAAACAUCAACGCCUCGCUGCUCAUCCUGGGGAAGUGCAUCAAAGCUCUGCGCUACAACCAGCAGGCCAAGCUGCUGCAGCACAUCCCCUUCAGGGAGAGCAAACUCACACACUACCUGCAGGGCUUCUUCUGCGGCCGGGGCAAAGCCUGCAUGAUCGUCAACAUCAACCAGUGCGCCUCCAUGUACGACGAGACCCUCAACGUCCUCAAGUUCUCCGCCGUGGCCCAGAAGGUGGUCGUCCUGAUCUCCAGGCCGCUCCCUGCCGUCCCUUCCUGCAGUGACGCCUCCUCCUCCAGAGCCUCAGGGCGGAGGAGCGCCGGCUGGGAGACCAGCCUGGAGGACGUUCCGGAGGAUGAGGAGGACGAGGAGGAGGAAGAGGAAGAAGAAGACAGUGUCAUGGAGGACACUACGGAUCAGACGACCGACGAAGGAGAAGAGAAAGUCGUCAUCAGCAAAGCGAUGCAUGAGCAGCAGGUGGCGCUGUUGAGGCAGCUGCAGGUCCAGCUGAAGACGGAGCGCUCAGAGAACCUGCUGCUGGAGGCCCGGGUCAGAGAGGAGAUCAGCCGCGAGUUCUCAGAGCUGUUCUCCGACAUGCAGAAGGACUACGAUGAGCGCCUGGUCAGGGAGAGGGAGAUCCUGGAGGAGCGAGCUGAAAGGAGGCUGGAGAUCUUCAAGAACCUGACCAGGAACAUGUCCUCAGCUGGCUGCAGCUCGGACGCGGUCACCAUGGACAGACUUCUGAGCUGUCGGGCCUCUGAGCUGCCAGCAGCAUCUCAUUUCAGCCUCGGAUCCGGUCCGACUGAAAAGAAACCUGAAGACGAUCAGAACCACGAGCACAGAGAGGAAAAGAAAUGGCUUCUUCUUCAGCUCCAGGAAAAGUCUGUGCAGGUGGCCCAGGUGGAGCAUCAGCUGGAGGACCUGCAGAAGAAGACGGAGCUGGGCUCACAGAACGGCUCCGACCAAGGCAAAGAUGAAGAUCAGCUCCAGGAAGCUCUGGCUGAGCUUCAGAAGGAGCAGAAGAGGAGAGAGGAGCUGAUGGCUGCGCUGGAGUACCAGACUCUGGGGAAGGAGGAGGCGCUGGCCUCCCUCCAGGAGGAGCGCAGAGCCAGGGAGGAGGUGCAGUCUGCUCUGGAGGAGAGCCGGCGGCGGCAGCAGGAGCUCCGAGUGGCGGAGCAGGUGGAAGUGCAGACGGCGGUCCACCUGCAGCCUGCUGUGGAGGAGCUGGAGGAGAAGUCCAGGAAGAUCUUGGAUCAGUCCUACCAAAUCCAUGUCCUCACAGAGGAGCUGCAGCAGCUGAAGCAACAGCUGCACGCGCCUGCUUUCUCUUCCUCUGACGGCGUUGAAAUCCAGCUGAGGGAGGAAGUCUCUGAGCUCAGCAAGAGGCUGGAAGAGGAGAAGAAGAGCAGCGAGGCGAAGCAGAAACUCAUCCAGCAGCUGGAGGAGGAGAGGAAACAGAGGGAGGCUGCAGUAGAGCAGCAGGUCAGAGAGCUGCAGAGGAAGCUGGAGGAGCAGGAAGAACUUCGAGUCCAGCUGGAAACCCAACGGGAAGCGUCCAAUCAGGAAGCAGAGCAGCUGCAGCUGAAGCUCAGACUGCAGCAGGAAGCUGCAGAGAAACUGAGAGACGACCUGAGAGAAGCUGAGCUCCACAGCAACACCGCCUUAUCCAGCGCUGAAGGCCUGGACAGGGUGAACUCUGACCUCCAGAGGGAGAUCACGUCCCUGAGGGAAGAGGCUUCCUCUGAGAUGGAGCAGACGAGACGAGAGAAGGACCGGCAGCUGGAGGAGAAGCUGGCCGAGAUGGAGAGGAGGUCUGCUGAGAGGGAAGCAGAGCUGCAGGAGAAUCUGCAUCAAUCAGAGCGAAAGGUCACGACCCUGCAGGAGAAGCUGCAGGAAGCAGAGCGACGGGAGGAGAAGGAGAGCCUAGCUGUCCGGGAAGUGAGGAGGAAGGAGGUGGAGCGGCGGCAGGAGCUGCUGGCUGUGGCUCAUGAGGCCUUAGCUGAGAAGGAUGCCGAGCUGGAGAAGAAAGCCGGGGAGAUCAGCAGGCUGAAGCUGGAGGCUCAGGAGGAGACGCAGCAGGUGAAGAGCCUCCGCCUGGAGCUUCAGAGGAAGGAGGACGACUCGUCAGACCUCAGAGAGAAGCUGGCUGACUACAGGAAGCAGGUCCAGCAGGUCCAGAAGGAGGUGUCGGCCAUGAGAGCAGAGGAGACGACCCUGAAGCAGAAACUUUCUGACAUGGAUAAAACCAGGAAGCAGCUGCAGUCGGACCUGAGCAGCAGAGACAGAACCAUCCAGCAGCUCAGAGCCGAGCAGCAGGACUCUAAGGCUGCUCAGCUCUACCAGGAGGCCUGUAAAGAGCUGCAGGCCAAGCAGCAGGUGAUGGAGGACAUGCGGCUGGCGCUGACGGAGCAGGAGGAGACGCAGCAGCAGAUGGAGCAGGUCCUGGACGACAAGAUGCGUCUGCUGCAGGAGCUCUCUGCAGAGGUGGAGAAGCUGAAGGGGAAGCUGCUGGAGCAGAGCGGCAGGUCCGGCCGACCUUCAGACGACCUCAGGCUGGCCAGAGAGGAAGCUUCCCGAGCCCAGCAGAGCUUAAAGGUGUUGACAGAGAAACAGCAGGCUGAACGCAGGAAGUGGCAGGAGGAGAAGCUGUCUCUGAUUGGCCAGGCCAAAGAGGCGGAGGACAAGAGGAACCAGGAGAUGAGGAAGUUUGCAGAGGACCGAGAGCGCUACUGUCGCCAGCAGAGCCUCCUGGAGUCCAGGCUGGAGGAGAAGGAGGCGGCCAUGGAGAGCUGGAGGGCGGAGCGGGACACGCUGGUCGCUGCUCUGGAGGUGCAGCUGCAGAAGCUGCUGGCCAGCCAGGCGGACAAAGACAAGCUCAUCAAGGAGCUGCAGCAGCAGAGCCCAGCGUCACCAGCAGGGGCUAAUGGUGGCCGCCGUUCUCUCAGAGUGGCAGAGCUGCAGGCGUCUCUAGCGGAAAAGGAAGCAGAGAUUGUGCAGCUGAAGGAAAACGCAGCAGAGCAGAGUGAGAGUUCUGCUCUGGCUAAGAAAGCAAAGGCUGAACCGCUGCAGCCUGAGAGGAGGGAGACCAGAUCGUCCACCAGCAGUCGGGGUUCGUCCGGCUUCCCCUCGGUGCUGGAGUCCUCCGAGGUUUCCACGGAAACGGGCCGGACGAGCCGCUUCCCCCGGCCGGAGCUGGAGAUCUCGUUCAGCCCGCUGCAGCCCGACCGCCUGGCGCUGCGGCGGCAGGGCGACGACAGCGCCGUCACCGUCAAGAUCAACCGGAACGGACGCAAGAGGAAGAGCAGCGAGAUGGAGAAGGAGGAAGUGGAGACGGAGAACCGGAGGAACACCAGAACCAAACUCACACCAAAGCUGAGCCCACAGACAGAGGAGAGCGCUACCUCCCAGAGCAGCCUCCGCGGCAGGAAGGACGGCGCACUGCAGAAGAUCGGAGACUUCCUGCAGAGGUCCCCGACCGCGCUGGGCUCUGGAGCCAAGAAGAUGAUGAGCCUGGUCAGCGGCCGUGUGGAUGCCCAGUCAGCCUCUUCCUCCUCUUCCUCCUGCUCCCCCCUCCGUUUGACGGCCAAGAGGAGCAGAAAGAAACUCUACAGGCCUGAAAUCUCCUGCCCCAUGGAAAUGCCCCCCCACCCGAUUAUUAACCAGGAGACGAAGGACGGCGACGGCGGCCAACAGAUCAAGCUGCGCCUCCGCUCCAGAGUGGCUAAAUGCUAACGCCGUACCCAGUUAGCUUUCAUAUUUCUGUCUUAAUGAAGCAGCUUAUGAUAGAGCAUA